AUGCUUCUAAACAACACAGAAUAACUAAAUUAAAAAUUUUAUGUUGAUUUCGCCAAUCCAACUAUAAGAGAUUUCAUCAUCCCAUUAAAUGUAGGAAAUGAAGCAACAUAAAAAUAACAAAGCGGUUUUAAUAUGGAGACUAAACUACACUUAGCAAUAAUACUUGAGGAUUAUUAGUAUAAUAAAGGCGACAAAAUAUAAAUUUAUUUGGGCAAUGUUGGAUCUCAGCUAAAUGCACUAGGUGAGUCAACUUUAGUUGAGAAUAAAACUUAAAAUAUGAAGAUUAUACCCUUGGGCAUUUAAUAAGCACAGUUGGUAACAGAAAAUAUCUAUAAUAAUAAGAACAUUGAUGAGGGUGAUAAAAUUUUGAAGUCUCCAUAGAUUUAAAAGCUCUUAAUGUCUAGGAAGAGCUAUGAAUAACACAAAAAAUGCUAAAUUAAACUUCAGUUUAAAUCCCAAAAAAUAGACUCAUACAUUUAAACUAAAACAAAAGAAAGAAAUACUGAAUGCAUGAUUGAACAGUAAAUUACGAAUCAAGAUAGACGAGGGAAACUCUAUAAAUAGAUGAAAUCAGAUAGAGAAGAAAGAUUAAUUGAUUAAAAAGUAGUUCAAUAAAAUGCAUAACUCAGAUAAUAAUACCAUUUGCUAGUUUAAGCUUUUGAUUUCCAUGAAAUAUCUUUGCAUUAUCGUUAAAAAAUGGUUAAUUGGAUGCUAUAAGUGUUAAGAGUGCUUAAAGUUGUUUCUCCUAAGACAUUUAUGCUAUCUGUAUAAAUAAUGGAUAAAUACUUUAUUUAAAACUAUGAGCUAUCUAAUAAGAUAAGUAAAGAAGAUUUGCACUUGAUAGGUAUGACAAGUAUUAUUAUAAGUUCAAAAUUUGAAGAUGUAUCUCCAAUUGAUAUUGAUGAUUUAGUUGUAAGAGCUGGUCAUUUGAAAAUUCAAAAUAUUUAUGCAUUGCAUCAGUGA